AUGGCUUCUGAGGCCCCCACCCUCGCUGGCUCUUCUGCCGACAACCUGACGCCCGCCCAGCGUCUGGCCGAGAAGCACGACGACCACAAGCCCACAGUCGAGGAGGUCGUCGACGAGGAGGACAUUGCCCACCCUCCUCCUUCUACUUCUGCCACCGCUUCGUCGUCGGCUGGUCCCUCGACUGCCGCCCCUACUCCCGCUCCCGAGGCCGCUCCUGCUCCUGCUCCCAAGAAGUCGUCGGUCCUCGACACUCAAUCCGAGGAGCUGUUCCCCUCGCUCGGCGCCUCCAAGCCUCGCUCUUCUGCCGGUCCUUCGCCAUGGUCUAAGAAGCCUGCCGCCGUCGCCAACGCCAACGGCCUCCACAAUGGUCAGGUCGCCAACAACGCUCCUUCGCGCAGCUCCACUCCUGCCUCGAGCCUCGCUACUCCCGCUUCCACCGCUGGCUUCCGUGGCGUCUCUCUCCCUGGCCGUCAUACCGAGGCCAUCUCNUUUGCUCCAUCUCAGCUCGCUCAGUCAAAGGACUUGAAGAAGCCCGUCUCCGAGAUCCUCCGCGACAUCAACAAGCGCUCCAAGGCCAAGGUUGAGAUGGGCCAAGGUGCUGGUGGUUCCUACUCCUUCAGAGCCACCGGUUCCACUCCCAACGACGUCCGCGAGACUCUGAAGGAGGUCGCCCGUCAGCUUGGUUCUAGAGUGCCCGUCCCGCUUUCCGUCCGUCCUCACAUCAUCGGCCGUGGUGGCGCCAACAUCACCGCUCUCAGCCAAAAGACUGGUGCCAAGAUCCAGGUUCCUCGCCAGGACGACACUGAUACCGCCGACGAUGACGACUCUGCCACCAUCGACGUCCUUAUUGAGGGCGACGCUGUUGCUGCCGAGAUGGCCCGUCAAGAGAUUGAGAAGAUUGUCAACGAGCGUACCUCUUCCAUCAACCUCCGUCUGAAGGAUAUUCCUGCCGAGUUCUACCCUUUCCUUGCUGGUGCCCACAACUCGCGUGUUGGUGACCUUGAGAAUGGUCGUGACUUGAAGGUCCAGAUUCCUCACUACCACACUUGGGUCGAGCAGGCUCCUCCCGAGCCCGCUGCAUACCGCCAGCCUCCCGCCUUCGUACCCCAGGCCAGCCUCCCUAUCCAGAUUUCUGGUGACCGCUUGGCUGCCAACGAAGCUCGCGCCCAGCUCGAACGCCAGGUGGAGCAGCUUAGACGCGAGCUUGUUUCAGAACAGGCCGCUAUUGAGCGUGGUCGUCAUCAGUUCAUUGUUGGUGACAGAGGCACUUCUCUCCACGACUUCCUUGCCGAGACCGGAUGUACCGUUGUGCUGCCUCCUGAUGCCGAGAACGACGAGAACCUGACCAUCGUUGGUCCUGCUGAUAGACUCGACGACGGUUUGAACAAGGUCAUGGAGCUUGCGGCCAGCAUGUCCAUGGCCAGCGUUGACAUCUCUCGCUCUUUCCCCAACGCUCCUCUCGGUGCCCAGGCUCACGCUCGCAACGUUACCAAGUAUCUCCAACAGAGACGCGCCAUCCAGGACCUCGAGCGUUUGUACAAUGCUCGCAUUAUCGCCAGCACUGCCCGCAACGGCCCCACUGCUUGGGAGGUUGCUUCCCGCGACGGCAAGAACACCAUGAAGGCUCGCUCUGACAUCAUGAACCUCAUCAGCGGUCAUCCNCCUGCCCGUCUCAACCCCGUCCAGGUCCACCCCUUCUACCACCAGCACCUGCGCCAGUCAGCUGGUCCUCAGAUCCGCGACCAGUUCGGUGUGCACAUGGUUGUCCCUGAGGAAUCCGACAGUGAUGAUGAGAUCCUGCUCGUCUACGAGGGUCCUUCUUCCGCUGCCGAUUACCAGCUGCCAAGACGUCAACCUGCUGCCAACGAGGCUCAAGACUUCGAGCGCGCCCUGAAGGAAGCUCAACAACACCUUUUGAGUCUCAUCAGUGGACAGCAGGAGAUCGUCUCCCGUGACGUUGACGCCCCUCCCAAGUUCCACGACAAGAUCAGAAGACAUGUUGAUCGUGAGCAGUCGAACCUCCCCUCGGGUCAGAUUCCCAUCCAGGUCUUGUUCGGUGGACAAACUGCUCGCAAGGCUCCUGCUCAAGGUUUCUCUGUCCGUGGUCCCAGCGACCGUGCUGAUGCACUUGUCGAAAGCCUUCUCGCUUUCAUCGAGCAAGAGAAGCAGGACGAGCUUGAGCGCGGUUUCACUCUGACUUUUGACUUNCCCCAGAAGUUUGCCAACAUCUUGAUCGGAAAGAAGGGCGAGAACAUCAGAAAGCUUCGUGAGGAGUUCGACGUCGACAUUCAAGUCAACGAUGGCAAGGUCGAACUCAAGGGUCCCCAAGCCAAGGCCAAUGCUUGCAAGGCUCACAUCCUUGCUCUUGGUAAGAAGCUCGAGGAUGAAGCCACACACGUUAUCAAGGUCAAGCCCCAGUACCACAAAGACCUGAUUGGCACAAAGGGCAGCAUGGUCAACCGUCUCCAAGACAGAUACAACGUCAGAAUCAACUUNCCUCGCUCAAACAACACCGAGGAUGAUGACGCAGCUGAGGGAGAGACUUCUCGCAAAUCAAACCAGGCUCCCGAUGAAGUCAUCAUCAAGGGUCCCAAGAGAGGUGCUGACGAGGCCAGAGAGGAACUUCUCAACCUCUUGCAGUACACCAUGGACACUUCUCACACUGCCACUGUCUCUGUUCAGCAGAGCCAACUGCCUUCCUUGAUUGGAACCGGCGGUCGUGAGCUCGAUGCUCUCCGUCUCGCCACUGGCGCUCACGUCGACGUUCCCAAUAGCCGCGAGGCGGCCGAUGCUUCUGGACGCGUUGAGAUCAAAAUCAAGGGCUCAAAGAAGGCUGUCGAAGACGCCAAGAAACAGAUCGAAGAAGCUGCCAAGGUCUUUGACUCGACUGUCACUCGCACGCUCGAUGUUGAGAAGAAGCACCACCGCAACAUCAUCGGCGGUGGUGGUGCUAACAUCCGUGACAUUGUCAUUAAGGCUGGUGGCCCUGACGAUAGACAGAAGCUUGCCCGUAUGGUGCGCUUCCCUCGCGCCGAGGCCGAAGGCAACACCAUUCGUGUUGAGGCUAACCAGGCUAUCGCUGACAAGAUCAUCGAGGCCAUCCAAGCACAGGUUUCUGAGCUCGAGAGCCAGACAACUCAGAUUAUCGAGGUUUCUCCCGAGAAGCACCCUAAGCUGAUUGGUCGUGGUGGCGACAUCAGAAAGAAGAUCGAGUCAGAGUUUGGUGUUCAGCUCGACAUUCCGAAACAGUCUGUCACUGGUCCUGAGCGCUCGAAGGUCAAGCUAAUGGGACGUGCCGAAAACAUUGAAAAGGCCAAGGAACACAUUGCAACUCUCACCAAGGAUGCUGAGAGCACUGAUAUCCAGAUCCCCCUCAAGUUCCACCACGCCAUCGCCGACAACGGACAGUUCUUCCGCCGCCUUCGUAGCGACCUCAAGGUCUCGGUUGAUCAUAAGGGAGUGCGUCCUCCUCAGCGCCCUGAGGCACUCUCUACUCGUAAAGCUGGCUCUGGAAUGCCUUUGAUCACCGAUGAUGCUACCGGCGGCGCUUCUGACGACAACAUCUCGUGGGUCGUGCACAGCCUUCACGAGAGCGCGCCUGAGGGUGAGAUCACCUGGGCCUUGUCUGGAGCUUCUCCCGAGAGCCUCGAGAAGGCCAGCGCUCGCGUCAAGAAGGCCCUUGCCGACGCCGAGAAGCUGACCCACGCUGGUUUCCUUGUCCUUCCCGACCCCAGCUCUUACAGAAGAGUUGUUGGUCCUCAGGGCAGCACCAUCAACGACAUUCGCGCCAAGACUGGUACUAAGAUCCAGGUCCCCAAGGCCCAGAGCGGCGAUGAGGCCAUUGAAAUCACCGGUACCCAGGACGGUGUUGAGAACGCCAAGGAGAUGAUUCUCAACGCCAUCCAGGGUUAA